AUGCACCACUUCCUGGACCGAAUCUCUGGCACGACCACAGCGGUCUUUGACCUUGUACAGCUCGCGGAGUCACAGCCAAAGAUCGCCUGGGGCACCUUGCUGAUCAUCCCGGAGCAGCUGUCAAACGUCGUCCACAAGUACUUGAAAACGGAUGUCAGGACCGUCAGCUUGCUGCAGGGCGCCCAGCUGCUGUUGGAGUCUGCUGCGCGGUGUCCGGCCGCCGCCGGCGAGGCCACGGGCACGCUGGCAGACUCUGAGUUCUCGCUUGCCUUGCAGACGGUGACGCAGUGGUCGAAGGUGAUGGGACUGCAGAUCAUCCAGCACCAGACCUUUGCGCGGCAUCUCAUUGCCCUCAUUGGAAGUCCCUCGGUGAACCUGGACGUCGUGCUGGACACGGUGUUGGAAGUCCUUCGACGCUCUGCCGGGGCAUUCAUGAUCUACGAGCCCGCCACUUGCCGGUGA